AUGCCGCCCUCUGUCGACGCAAUGCCGGCCCCCGGAGACGCCGCUAGCGCCGGCGACGUGCGCAUGAUCUCCUCCAAGGAGCUCCGCGCGCACGCGUCCGCCGACGACCUCUGGAUCUCCAUCUCCGGCGACGUGUACGACGUCACGCCCUGGCUCCCCCACCAUCCGGGCGGUGACCUCCCGCUAAUCACCCUGGCGGGGCAGGACGCCACCGACGCCUUCGCCGCCUACCACCCGCCCUCGGCGCGCCCCCUCCUCCGCCGCUUCUUCGUCGGCCGCCUCUCCGACUACACCGUGUCCCCCGCGUCCGCCGACUACCGCCGCCUCCUCGCGCAGCUCUCCUCCGCGGGCCUCUUCGAACGCGUCGGCCCCACCCCAAAGGUCCUGCUCGUAUUGAUGGCCGUCCUCUUCUACGCCGCGCUCUACCUCGUCCUCGCCUGCGCCAGCGCCUGGCGCACCUCCUCGCGGGAGGGCUCAUCGGCUUCGUCUGGAUCCAGUCCGGCUGGAUGGGCCACGACUCGGGCCACCACCACAUCACGGGCCACCCGGUCCUCGACCGCGUCGUGCAGGAUAAAUCUUCUUGUGCAGUCCGCUCUCUUCGUUCUCACCGAGAAGAGGGUACCGCAGCGGUUGCUUGAGAUCGCCGGGGUCGCCGCAUUCUGGGCUUGGUACCCGUUGCUGGUGGCUUCCCUGCCGAAUUGGUGGGAGAGGGUCGCGUUUGUGCUUUUCAGCUUUACCAUUUGCGGGAUUCAGCACGUCCAGUUCUGCCUGAACCACUUCUCGUCCGAUGUGUAUGUCGGGCCACCCAAGGGGAACGACUGGUUUGAGAAACAGACGGCAGGCACGCUCGACAUCCUGUGCCCUCCGUGGAUGGAUUGGUUCCAUGGUGGUCUGCAAUUCCAGAUUGAGCACCAUCUGUUUCCCCGCCUACCUCGGUGCCACCUUCGGAAGGUUGCGCCGGCCGUGCGUGACCUUUGCAAGAAGCAUGGCCUCACUUAUUCUGCAGCCUCAUUCUGGGGCGCAAAUGUGCUUACAUGGAAGACACUCAGGGCUGCUGCCUUGCAGGCCAGGAGUGCCACAAGUGGUGCCGCUCCCAAGAAUUUGGUCUGGGAGGCUUUGAACACCCAUGGAUAA